GUUCCUCUAGACAUGGAGGAAGAAUCAUUACUAGGGGGUAGCGGCUACCCAUGUGCCAUAUUUAUAUACAACUAAUUGCUAUUUUUAAGACAGUAUAUCAAAUGCUGUUCUAUAUAUUUUUUAUUUUUUACUCCAGAGUGUCUGUCGCAUUUGUUGCCCUUUAAACUUAUUAUCUAUUGCAGGAGACAAAGCCUAUCCCAUCUGGUGUCUGAUAGGCGCUCAUUUCCCCUGACCAAACGAACACCCAUCGCACACACCACGUGGAAGUGGAGAGAUACCAACAAGCCGGGCAUUGUCAUCAGAUUGCUGUGAUCAGCACAAGGUGCCAGUGUUGGUGGUGUACAGGGUGGCAGUGUUGGUGGUGUACAGCCGGUGCUGCUGGACUGAAGCUGAGAAUCUGGUGUAUGCGCCUAAAUCUCCACUAGCGCUGCCAACUCUUUCCGGCCAGUUGAGCGAGUGCCAGCGUUUACAGAAGAUUUUGGCUGGCAGAGUCACAUAUCCAAUGACCAGCAUGAGCUUCCCCGGUUGCUGGCUCUUUCUUGCUGUGUAUGGGGCUGUGUCAGUGAUGCUGGUUGGCACUAAUAACGCCGGAGAGCUAUUUACUCAGGACAUACUGCAGCUGUACGGACAGAACGGCCGACUGAGUAGCAGCAAUGUGAGCCAACUGCUGCAUGGCUGUGAUGCACGCGGCGAGUCGCACAACCUGGAACAUCUGCACUUCAACCAGUGUUUAUCUACUGAUGAUAUAUUUUCCAUUUACAAUAUCAACACCGAUCAAAUUACCAAUACUACGUUUGAGACAUUCUGCCCGGCCAUUUUGCAUCAAAUAUUUUUUCAUCCGUGUGCAUUUGAAAUCCAAGAAGAGAACACACAAAGGCCCAGCCCUGCACAAGUCUGGGGAUUUGGCUUUCUUACUGUAACCAUCAUUAAUCUUACAUCACUGCUUGGAUUGUUUAUAACACCUCUGAUCAAGAAACCCUACUUCCCAAAAAUAUUGACUUAUUUUGUGGGACUUGCUAUUGGAACUUUGUUUUCAAACGCCAUUUUUCAACUUAUUCCAGAGGCAUUUGGGUUUGAUCCGAAAGUUGAUAAUUAUAUUCCCAAAGCAGUGGCUAUUUUCGGAGGAUUCUACAUUUUAAUGUUUGUGGAGAGAAUGCUAAAAAUGAUUCUGAACAUCUACGGUGAAGGUGUACAUACCCAUUUAGAGAUUGACCACAUGCUUCAUCAAGAAUUGCAAAUCGAGUCUCCACCAAGUAAAAUUCCCAAUGGAAAUAUCAUUUAUUCAAAUCCUGCAGUAGCAGAGGUUAAUGGGGCAAAUCAUCUGGAAAGCACAAAUAAGGUUUCAUCAAAGGACUCAAUAGAAGUAGUACAUUGCUGCAAGAUAUUGAAGUGGACACCUCUGAAAAGCAUUGGCACAUUAGCCUGGAUGAUUACUUUAAGUGAUGCUCUGCACAACUUUAUUGAUGGACUUGCUAUUGGGGCUUCCUUUACCCUGUCAGUUUUGCAAGGACUGAGUACUUCUAUUGCAAUUUUCUGUGAAGAAUUCCCUCAUGAGUUUGGGGAUUUUGCAAUCCUAAUAAGUGCUGGAAUGAGUAUUCCCCAAGCUUUGUUUUUCAAUUUUCUCUCAGCUUGUUCAUGUUACAUUGGCCUGGUAUUUGGGAUUUUGGUUGGCAACAGCUUUGAGCCAAGCAUCAUCUUUGCAAUUGCAGGAGGCAUGUUUCUCUACAUUGGAUUGGCAGACAUGUUUCCAGAGUUGAAUGAAAUGCUCAAAGGCAAGAUAAAAGGAAGGAGAUCAGACAUAAUCUAUUUCACAAUUCAGAAUGCAGGUUUACUCUCUGGAUUUGCCAUUAUUCUAUUAAUUACCCUUUAUUCAAAGGAAAUUAAGUUGCAUUAAGAUCAUGAGCCAAGAAAAACCAAGCAUGCAAAUACGACUUGUUGAAUGUCAUCUCUGUUUUUAGCUUUUCAUAUCUUCCGACCUCAAGAAAUAAAUGAUUUAUUUUUAUGCACGAUUUGAUGAAAGGACUUUGAAAUUUGGUUGAAAGAGUGAAUAAUGAACUGCUGCUAUCUUAGUAAAUUUAAAUAAAUAUUUAUGUAUCUUUAUUUGUUACACCAGGCAUUACCUGUACAGUGUUAUAGUGAGCAUGGUGUUACAGUAUUUCUAAGACAGCUAGUGCCACUUAAUUCCAUGUGAUUUUGGAAAUAUUAAAAAAUGUGCUCACGUCCAAAUCACAGUGAAAUUGAGAAGGGCUUUUGUAUUGUUAGGGUCUUUUGAUAAAAAUACUAUUUUCUUUCUGUAUUUUGUACCAAAUUGUAUUUGUUUACUUGCACUUGAAAGCAAAUAGGAAUAGUUGAAUAUGUAAAGUCUAACUAUUUUCUACACCUAAAAUCUAGUUUUCAGAAAAAAAAAUCAUACAAUGUAAUUAUAUUUUCUGCUUAAUAA